GCCGCCGGCUGGAGAUCUGAUUCCUGAUCCCCGAUUGCUUGGUCCUCCUCGGUCCCGCCAUGGGAGCCUGAGCGCCCUGCAGUUCCCCCGGCCCCCUGCCCCCGGGGCCUCGAGGGGGAAAGAGGCGAGUGGUCUGGGACGAAGCCGGGGUGAACGACCUUAGGAGCCCCCCUCAACAACCCCCAUCGGCCGCGCUGCCGGUCCUGGAGCGCGGAGUUCGGAGCGACCCGGUGCGCUGCGGAUACAAAGGCGCGGAGCGGAGCGGGGCGUGCGCCCAGUCCAACCGACUGUUCGCAGCGGCGGCUGUCGCCGCUUGAAUUUCUCUGAGAUAAGCCCACUCGUCCAGCAAAAUAGAGUCCCUCAGGGUGACAGUUGACUUCCUAAAGGUGCCUCUUGGCCUGAAGAAGCCUGUGCUAAAGGAGGUGGCUGUGGGGCCCCCCAAGAGGCCCCAGCCCGCGACCCUGGAGCGCUACAAGGCACGGCGUUCAGACGCCAUGGACACCGAGUCCCAGUACUCGGGCUAUUCUUACAAGUCGGGCCAUUCCCGCAGCUCCAGAAAGCACAGGGACCGCCGGGACCGGCACCGCUCUAAGAGCCGGGAUGGGAGCCGUGGAGAUAAAUCAGUGACGAUCCAGGCUCCAGGAGAGCCCCUGCUGGACAAUGAGUCCACGAGGGGAGAUGAGCGGGAUGACAACUGGGGAGAGACAACAACGGUGGUCACAGGCACCUCCGAGCACAGUAUCUCCCACGAUGACCUCACGCGCAUCGCCAAGGACAUGGAGGACAGUGUGCCGCUGGACUGUUCACGCCACUUGGGCGUGGCAGCAGGGGCCACUCUGGCGCUCCUCUCUUUCCUCACCCCGCUGGCUUUCCUGCUUCUGCCUCCACUACUGUGGCGGGAGGAGCUGGAGCCGUGUGGGACAGCGUGUGAGGGCCUCUUCAUCUCCGUGGCCUUCAAGCUGCUCAUCUUGCUCUUGGGCAGCUGGGCUCUGUUCUUCCGUCGGCCCAAGGCCUCGUUGCCCCGAGUCUUCGUGUUACGCGCCCUGCUCAUGGUGCUCGUCUUCCUGCUUGUUAUCUCCUACUGGCUCUUCUACGGCGUGCGCAUCUUGGAUGCGCGGGAGCGCAGCUACCAGGGCGUGGUUCAGUUUGCUGUUUCGCUAGUGGACGCCCUACUCUUCGUGCACUAUCUGGCUGUAGUUCUGCUGGAGUUGCGCCAACUCCAGCCCCAGUUCACGCUUAAGGUCGUGCGGUCGACAGACGGGGCCAGCCGCUUCUACAAUGUCGGGCAUCUCAGCAUCCAGCGAGUGGCAGUGUGGAUCCUGGAGAAGUAUUACCAUGACUUCCCUGUCUACAACCCCGCCCUCCUCAACCUGCCCAAGUCCGUCCUGGCCAAGAAAGUGUCUGGCUUCAAGGUGUAUUCUCUCGGAGAGGAAAACAGCACCAAUAACUCCACUGGCCAGUCAAGGGCAGUGAUUGCGGCAGCGGCGCGGAGGCGGGACAACAGCCACAAUGAGUACUACUACGAGGAAGCCGAGCACGAGCGCAGAGUGCGGAAGCGCAGGGCCAGGCUUGUGGUGGCUGUGGAGGAAGCCUUCACUCACAUUAAGCGGCUGCAGGAAGAGGAGCAGAAGAACCCCAGGGAGGUGAUGGAUCCCCGGGAAGCAGCCCAAGCCAUCUUUGCGUCCAUGGCCCGUGCUAUGCAGAAGUACCUCCGGACCACCAAGCAGCAGCCUUACCAUACCAUGGAGAGCAUCCUACAGCACCUGGAGUUCUGCAUCACUCACGACAUGACACCCAAGGCCUUCCUGGAGCGAUAUCUGGCAGCUGGACCCACCAUCCAGUACCACAAGGAACGGUGGCUGGCCAAACAGUGGACAUUGGUGAGCGAGGAGCCGGUGACCAAUGGGCUUAAGGACGGCAUCGUUUUCCUCUUGAAACGCCAGGACUUCAGCCUGGUGGUGAGCACCAAGAAGGUGCCAUUCUUCAAACUCUCUGAGGAAUUUGUGGAUCCCAAGUCCCACAAGUUUGUCAUGCGGCUGCAGUCGGAGACCUCUGUGUGACUCUACAGCAGUAGCAGGGCAGGGGGUAUGUGGGGGGCUCCUGCAGAGUGGGCGUGGCUUGGGGCUCUGGCCCUGCCACAUUUCUGCUGCCCUACUUCCUCUUGCUCUUGUUUUUGUUUUGUUUUGUUUUUUUUACUUGAAUUAACUUAUCCUGUAUCUGGUCUCCACCCCUCUUCCUCAGUUUUCCCAUGUAAAUCUGGAGAGACCACCUUGCUUUAACAAUAUUUGGGAACCACUCUGCCUCCCCCCCAAGUUUGUAUCACUCCAGGCUCUGCAGGAAACAGUGCCUCUUACCCUGUUCUUUCCCAAAGUGUCCACCUGGAUGGAAGUCCCUUCUCAAAGGGCGCAGGACCUUCUUGAUCUUGAUUGUACCUUAACCCCGAGCUUCCACUUAACAAACCUAAGUUCUUAGAGCCCUGCUCUCCAGUGGUCCCUAAUAGGAUUUCUCUGGGGGUGGGGGUGGGGGACAGAGCUUUGACCCCAGAGAGCCAUGGUGCCAAACUCUUGCGGGACAGCAGCUAACCCUAUUCCCUGUGCCCACUCAUAGCCCCGAGUCCCUGGGCAGGGAUGGACCCGUAACAAGUCCCAGAGUUAGGAUUCUCCCUGCGUGUUAACUUGCUUCCCGCUGUUACAGCUGUACUUUCCUGGUCCACACACAGACAGAACAAGUGGGAAGUCCCACUCAGGAGUCUUCUAUGCUAUUUCUGACUUGUGGGAUCACAUGAUCAUAGGCAAAUUGAGGUGAAAACCUCUUUGACCACUUUACUAGGACUGUGGGGGAGGUUUGGUAUUUCUUUUUUGGGCAAAUUCUAAGGGGAAGGGUGGGACAACCCCCUCAAGUUGGAGAGACGCUUGUCACUGGCCCCUAUCCCUCUGAACCACUGACCCUAUCCCUCUGAGCAGUUCAUUUCCACCCUUACCCGUGAAGGAUGCGUGUUGACUUCUGUAGGGACUUUAUGAUGUGCAGACCCUGACCAACCCUAAGAUGUGGUCUAAGACCAUGGCCUAAGACAUUUUUCUUUUCUGCACCAGCUACCCCAGUCCUGCUGACUUCCAACUCUAGAGACCUGUGGCCUCAUCUCUUCUUAGGGGAGGGACCAGCAGCUCCUUCUCAUCCCCUGCCUUAAGUCCGGUUCUUUGCCUCAGGGGUCUCUUUUCCAUGGCCUUCCAGGGUCCCAUCCUCUUCUCUCCCUGCCUCGCUUUCUAGGCUCUAUACUGGGGUGAGGGACCAGGAUUCCUGCCUUUUGUAGGUCUUAGCUCCUCACCCCAUUUUAACUAACACAGCCUUUGCACCACAUCUGAAUCUCAGUAAUUGAAAGCUCAUUUUGAGCAGGAUUCAUUAACCCUCUAGUGGAUAUUUUCAGAGCAAAUUUAAGCCCUUAAAUCAGACACCUUUAAAUUAUCUUUUAUCACCAGAAAGUAGAAACAGGAAAUGUCCACAUCCAUCCUUCCAGGAGUCCGUGUGGGGGAUGGUUCUGAUGGCUGGGACGGAGCAGUGCCCCUGGGUCACGUCUCUUAAACAACUCCCAAAGCCCCUGCAUAGCCCUUUCACUUCCCUGGAAAUUUUGCUGGUGUUUGCCGUCCACUGAGAUGAGGUACCCAUUGAUCUCUAUGUGAGGCUGUGGGAUCCAUAGCCAACCACCCCUUACUGUUCCCACAGGAAUGGGCUUUUGGAGCUGACUUAGGCAGGGCCUCAAGGUUAGCCUAGGGCUCUGGUAGAGGUUCCUGGAUAGACUCCAGGGAAAUAAAUCUGUACUUGAGUCAUGGGAAGGUAUCUUUUCUUUCUUUCUUUCUUUCUUUCUUUCUUUCUUUCUUUCUUUCUUUCUUUCUUUCUUUCCUUCCUUCCUUCCUUCCUUCCUUCCUUCCUUCCUUCCUUCCUUUCUUUCUUUCUUUCUUUCUUUCUUUCUUUCUUUCUUUCAAAGCAGGUUUCAGAGGAGUCCUUUUGGGUCACAUAAAUACCUCACUAUCCUGGAAAGCAGGGCCUGGAUGGUGAUUGGGGAUCACUGCCUUUUUGGGCAAGAAUGGGGUGUGGUGUUGGUUUAAGCAGUGGGUGGGGGUGGGCAGAAGGAAAAUAUUUGGGAUCUUAGUUGAUGCCCUAGGUUAGGGGCGCGGGGGCAUUUAUUUUAAGAACCUGCCAUGUUUUUUAAUCACUGUGAUAUUUUCAUUCCUUUUCCCUAAAAUGAAAAAGAAAAAAGUCUCUCCGACUCUCUGUCAAAGCACUAAGGGCUGUGACCAAGAAUGGUAUAGCGUUUUGGUCCUUUGUGUCAGAACUGUGGUAUCUUUGUCUACUUUGGUUAUCAUGUUUUUUAAAAUGUCAGGAUGAAUUGUCAAGAGUAUAGCUGUGUGUGUGUGUGUGUGUGUGUGUGUGUGUGUGUGUGUGUGUGUGUGUGUGUGUGUGUGUGUGUGAGAGAGAGAGAGAGAGAGAGAGAGAGAGAGAGAGAGAGAGAAAGAGAGAGUGAGUAUCUGUGUCUUUUGCUUCUCCAGAAUAGGAAGCUGUCCUCAUGCUGUGAACUGCUAUGUGUGGGCGGCUGACUCAGUCCCUCUGAGCAGUUUCCCCCACCAAUCUUGUCCCACCACUCACUCGGUUUCUAUUCUUCCACUGGAGGAAUGUGCCUACCCAGCCCAGCGCUAUCACCGCAGGGGAUGCUGUGCUGGCCUACUUCAGUGCCCUCGCUUGCUUCUCCAUCUGUGUGGCAUCCUAGCUCAUCCCACUGCACACCUCGGCCUUUGUUUUUAUGACCUUGGAGUGCUUACCUCUCUUCCCUCCACGCCAGGACACCGUGCCUAAGUCCUUCACCUACCUCACCACUCUGUCGCUAUCCCCAUCGGUCCCUUCCUGGUUUCUCCUAAAUAAGUGUCUUUGUUCGCUCCGUUUUUAUUUUAUUGUCCUCCCAGUUCUUUCCAUCUCUUCCCUUCUGCUUUUGGUCCUAGCCAGCCACAGCAUUCCCACUGUAAACCGUGAUUUAAUAAAGACAAAGAGGCAGGAUCCUGGGAGGUCCUCACUCCAAAUGUCUGGUUUCCAGGCUUUGUGCUUGCCUUGUUGGUUGGGCCUCGCUCUGCCUUGUCCGUUCCUGGUGUCUGUCAGUCUCUUUUUGCCCCUUCUGUUCUCCCCGUGGGACAACAUCUACUGAUGGAUUCUGUUCUGAUGUGUGAUUGUUGUAAUUUGUUCUUCUGUGUGUAAAAGGAAGGGCCUUCUUGAAUCUCUUCCAAGUGAGAAUGUAAUUUAGAAUUUUCCAUUGUUGGAUCUAGAUUUCUUAUUCCUUUUCUUUCCCCCUUUUUCUUUUUCUUUUUUUCUUUCUUUCUCUCUCUCUUUCUUUUCUUUUUCCUUCUUUUUUUUUUUUUUGGUUACAGAGCUGAGAUCUUGUGCAUGCAUGUAGAAAAUUGUAAAAUGUAAAUUUUUUUUAAUAUAUAAAAAGCUUGUUUUUACAGUUUGCAGUGGAUUAAACAUUAUGGCAAUUUUAGGGAUUUUUUUUUCUUAAACAUAGGAACUAAAACUGUACAAAUUUUUUUUAUAUAUAAAAAUAAAGACAUUUGACUUUUGUGGGG